AUGAACCCAAACACCCAUGAGGUGAACAAUGAAAUAUGUGUAGAGCGUCUGGCGACGUCAGCGGGACAGAAGCGGCUGAGUGAGCCCAAACGUUUUGGGCUUCUUGUGGCAGGGGCAUUCGCCGCUAUCUGCGCUUCGACAUCGUACGCGUUCAAUUUAUUCAGCGGCUCUAUGCAAAGCAAAUAUAACUUCACGCAGAGGGAAAUGUCUUCGAUCAACACAGUUGGCAUGGUUUUCUGUUAUUUCCUUCUUCCAUAUGCCGCCAUCUAUGAUCACUUUGGUCCCCGACCUGUGUACGCCCUGGCGUGUGUGUUAUUUCCGAUCGGUGCUGUGCUCAUGGGUCUGUCGUUUGGAGAUGUGAUCCAAGGGACUGCUGUACGCUUCUGCGUGUACAAUGCCUUACUCAGCCUCGGUAGCCAGCUGUUCGACUUGGCGUCUAUUGUGACAUUGCUGAGUGUCUUUCCGACCAACCGAGGUGGGGUGGUAGCAUUUUUAAAGACAUUAAUGGGACUUGGCUCUGCCAUUGUCGGCGCUUUGUACUUUGGCUUUUUCAACGAGCAUCCGGAUUAUUAUUUCUACUUUUUGAUAGGCCUCGUGCUCUGCGUCGGGACGGUGGUGAUCAUCUUUGUGCGUCUUCCGUCCUACCAUCUGACAGGCUAUGAGCAAAACCACCUCAGCAUCGAGGAGAAGGAGCGGCGGAUGGCGCGCAAGGCAGUCUACUUGCGACAGAAGGCACCUCUCUGGCGUUUCUUUUACGGUCUCGCAGUCAUCAUUGUGCUUAUCAUAUUCCUGCCUCUCCAGAGUGCAUUAGUUGCCUAUCUACAGCUUGGUCGACCUUACCAGACCGCCUUUGCGGCUGUAACAGUCGUAAUUACUCUCCUUCUUCCGUUAAUGGCGGUCCCAUGGGACUACAUGGACCGCAGAUGGGUGAAGCAGGAAGAGCAGUCACAAAGCAACGAUGAGUGUGACAUUGAGCAUGAUAUGGACAGGGAAGCUGAUGCAAUACAACAUGACAAAAGCCCUUUUGAAUCUCCAAGAAAAGUGGAGUCAGUGGAGACAGAUGUUGACUACAUUGCGCCACAGUACCAGACGACUUUCUUGCAAAGUGUUUGCACACCCGGGUUGUGGGCCUUCUUCUGGACCUUCUUUUGUGGUGUUGGCUCAGAGUUCGUCAUAAUCUUCAAUGCCCGUUUCAUUCUUGGUGCCCUUUCUGAGAGCAGAGUCGAUGAUUCGAUGGGGACAUUGCUGACAAUUAUAAAUGGUGUGGGCAGUGCUGUUGGCCGUCUGAUGAUGAGCUACUUUGAGAUCUGGUCGCAAAAGCGCAAGGCGGAAGAUAGAGUUCCCAUUACUAUUUCUUUGUUCGUGCCGACCGUGGCAAUCAUUGUGGCGCUGGUGCUCUUCCUCGUGCUUCCAUCGAGUGUCGCAUUGCUGGCGUUUGCCCUUGCGGCGAUUGGCAAUGGUUUCUGUGCCAGUGUCUCUAUCCUUGUCGUGCGCACCAUUUAUGCGAAGGAUCCUGCGAAGCACUACAACUUCGCCUUCAAUGCUCUGUGGAUUUCUGCAUUGUUGCUGAACCGUCUGUUGUACGGCGAGUGGUACGCACAUGAGGCAGAGAAGCAGGGUGGUGUGCUUUGCUUCGGCAAGAGCUGUGUACUGAUGCCGAUGGUUGUGAUGAUCGGUCUUAACGUGACUGGCUUCGUGGCGAACGUCUAUCUGCACGUGAUUUACUCCCGCUUCUCGCAGAAGGUCCUUGCGGAGCGUCGCCGUGUGAAGCAGCAGGAAGCGUUAGAGCCGUUUCCCGAUCCCGGUGCUCAAAUUUAG